AUGUCAUCAAGUGAGAAUGGAACAGAGGGAUCAAAUGUCCUGAAAAGGAAUUCGGAUGAUGUUGGAUGGGAAUAUGGUGUUCUUGUUGAUGGUAACAAUAAGGACAAGGUGAAGUGCAAGCUUUGUGAUAAGGAGAUGAGGGGAGGGAUUCAUAGGUUGAAGCAACAUUUGGCUCAUGAGGGAAAGAAUGUGAAGAAAUGCACAGCUAGAACACCACAGGCUACGGAGGCUAAAGAGAAGUGCAAAAAGGCACUAGCUGAUGCAAAAAGGAAGAGGGAGGAGAAGACUGUUCGUGAGCUAGAAAUUAGAGAGGAAGUUCAUGUAUCUAGGGUUGGAGCAGAUUCAGAUGAAGUCACCUGUGUUGGAAGUUCAGAGCCCCACAAGUUAGGACCCAUUGACAAAUGGACACGUGUUAUUGAUCCUAAAGCUACCAUGUCCAAAUCUUUGAAGCAACAACAGCUGAACAAGGAACUUUGGAAAGAAAGAACCAAUGAGGUGCAUAAGUACAUUGCAAAAUGGGCCUAUACACAUGCUAUUGCUUUCAAUGCACUUGAUAAUGAUGAGUUCAAGCAAAUGUGUGAAGCAAUUGGACAGUUUGGUCCAGGUUUUGUACCUCCAACUCAGGAUGCACUGCGGGGGAAGUUGCUAGAAGAAGAAUAUGAAAGAACAAAGAGUUUGCUGCAGGAGCGUGAAGCCGAGAAGAUGAAAAAUGGUUGCUCUAUUAUGACUGAUGCUUGGUCAGAUAGGAAGAGGAGAAGCAUAAUGAAUGUGUGCACCAAUUGUGCUGAGGGAACAUCCUUCAUCAGCUCUAAGGAGAUGUCAGAUGUCUCACAUACCAGUGAGCUCAUCUUUGAACUUGUGGACAAAGCAAUUGAAGAGAUUGGUCCAGACAAUGUGGUGCAAGUAGUGACUGACAAUGCCUCUAACAACAUGGGAGCAAAGAGGCUAUUGGAAGAGAAGAGACCACAUAUAUUUUGGACAUCUUGUGCAGCUCACACAAUCAACCUUAUGCUGCAAGGAAUUGGCAACAUGCCUCGGUUCAAGAAAGUGGUUGACCAAGCAAAGGCAUUUACCAUAUUUGCCUAUGGCCACACAAGGACAUUGGAGUGCUUGAGAUGCUUCACAGAGGGGAAAGAGGUAGUGAGGCCAGGAGUCACUAGGUUUGCUUCAAACUUUCUCACUUUGGCUAGCAUGCAAGAGAAGAAAGACCAGUUAAGGAAGAUGGUGGUUCAUAGUAAGUGGGACACAUUGAAGGAUGUGAAAUCAAAGAAAGGAAAAGAGGCAACAGCAACUAUAUUGAGUCCAAGCUUUUGGAGGGAUGUGAAGCUAACAUUGGCUGUUUUUGAGCCAUUGGUCAAAGUCCUCCGUUUGGUUGAUGGUGAUGUGAGGCCAUCCUUGGGUUUCGUUUAUGGAGAACUACUAAAGGCAAAGAAACAGAUCAAAGAUGCAUUUGGAACUGUUGAGGCUCGGUUCAAGGAUGUAAUUGCUGUUGUUGAGAAGAAGAUGAAUGGAAGACUUGAUUCUCCAUUGCAUUUGACAGCCUAUUUGUUGAAUCCUCACUAUAGCUAUAGUGACCCAUCAAUAUUUGAUCAGCCCAAAAUAUCAGAAGGGUUCAUAGCUUGCGUUGAGAAAUUUUAUUACCAUGAUGAGGACAUGCAGCAUCAGGCUGCCAACAUUGAACUAAAGAAGUUUCAGAAUAGAGAAGGACCCUUUAGCAAAAAGCUUGCUAGGACUUUUGAAAAUUUUGAUUACAACCCAGGUAGAGGUACUUCAUGUUCCUGA